AUGAUCACCAGCGAGGGUGAGGUGGAGGUGGUGGUAAAGCAGCUGCUGCCCUCGCGAGGCCUCUCCCUCAAGCUGGGUCUGGAGGAGCUGCUUCACGAGGCCAUUCUCCUGGCAAGGGUGUCGGGCGUGGCGGGCGUCCCGCGCCUGCACGGCAUGGUGCUGGACCCGCCCUCGCUCGUCACCUCCUUCGACGGCCCCGCCACGCUGGGUGCGGUGGUGCGGCAGUGGCCGCGCCGCGUGUCCGGAAGGAUGCUGGUGCAGGCCGUGGCGCAGGUGUGCGGCGCCGUGGCCGGCCUGCACCAGAAGGGCGUGGCGCACAACGACAUCAAGAGCAACAACGUCGUGGUGCGCCUGGGCUCCGAGGGCAGCAUCACGGCAUGCCUCAUAGACCUCGGGAACAGCUCCAAAGUGGGCAGCGCCAUCUUCCCGAGGGGCAGGCUGCGCUGGGAGGACUACCCCUACCUGGCGCCCGAGCUGGUGGCCGGCGAGCCCAGCUCCGAGGCCUCAGACGUGUUCUCGCUGGGGCACAUGAUGGCGACUUUCUCCAAGUGCUUCAAAGCGAAUUCCAAGGUAAGUGAAGUGCUGGGGGGCCUGGGGGCCAGGGCCACGGACCGGUGCCCAGCCCAGCGGCCAGCUCUCCGGGAGAUGAGAGCCUCCAUUGCAGGUGUCUUAGAACAUGCUUCCCGGGACACCAAAUCUGGCUCAACGGACGACUUUCACUAA